AUGAACCAACCUGAAGAUGUCGAGGUCAUUCUCGGUCACAAGCGCCGCUACAAGUUCCACUCUGGAACAUUGGCGCGCAACUCCACGCUCUUCGCAGACAUGCUCACGGAGCCUAAAGCGGCCAAAAUGAACAGCAAAGCUAAGCAUGCGGGUAUCAAGAUCCGCUGGAUGAUCGAGUUGACCAGCCUGAAGCAACUCGGCCCUAACGGUCAGCGCGAUGAUGGCCGUACUGGCAUCGUCGUCAACGAGAACGGCCGCGUUCCUCGAGCUCAGGCGACUUUCGAUCACUACGAGUCCAUCUUCUACGCCUUCUACAACAAGGAACUCAAGAUCGACAGCAAUGACAUGACGGCUGCGCUGGGAGACUGCUACCAACUCCUCCAAAUCUCCGAGUACCUUGGAUGUACUGGCGUCAUCAGCAAGGGUAUCGAGGUGUCUCUCUUCAACCAUGGUCAAGAGCUGUACCGCGCCAUCCAGAGCGCACCCAAUCUAUGGAUCGAGAUGGCGUACCGCAUUCGCUCCGAGAUGAUGUUCAAGGAAUGCAUUAUCCACCUCGUCGGCAACUGGAAAGUCAUCAAGAACCGUCCCCGCAUCAACGAGCACGUCCGCGCCGUCCCUGGCCUACGCGCCCUGAUCGAGAAGUACCACCGCCAACUCCUCACCCAGUGCCGUAGUCUCGAGCUCGGCAUCAUGUCCUUGUACCCAGGCGAGAUGAAAAUGCCCAGCCCUGACAUCCCCAUCAAGCGCGAAGCCUACUCCAAAGACAUCCUCGUGUGGAUGGCACUCACCUUCUUCCGGCACUGGAUCGGGCAGCGCCUCAUUCUCGAGAAAGGCCGGCACUCGCUCGACUGCGGCUACGAGCUGUACAAGCAAAUCGGCGAGGCCGGCGAGUCCUACAUGGACAAAUCCGUCAUCAACCAAUUCCACACGAAAUUCCCCAUGACGAAGAAAGCCAUGAACGUUCUCGAGAACCACCUCCUGGAGAUCAAGGAGUGCAUGAAGGGCGUCGUCGACCAGCACAAAAUCCUCAAGUCUCACUCCCAGCUCGAGACGUCAAAGUGGGAUCGCGUGCACUAUCUUACUUGCGUCGACUUCAAGGCUACCGACUAUCCCUGGCUCAAAGACGACACGCCCGCCGCGCGUGUCGCGCCCGCGAAGCGCGAGUACAAGCCUGGUGGCAAUGAGAUUGCGCGCCAGAACCUUGAGACGGCGAAGCGCCACCAGGAGCGCAGCUUGAGCAUCGAGGAGGACAUGGACGACGAUGAGUUUGCUGAUGACGACGAUUUGGAUGAGGAGGAGGUGCCGGAGGUGGCGGCGAAGCGCGCGCGUGUUGGAUAG